UUAAAUGAACAAAAUCAAUACUAAUAUAAAUAUACAAAAUUUAUUUUAUGUAAACAAUCCUGUAGUAUGGUGUGUAGUUCAUAUUUCAGUUACCUAUUCAUAUUAUCUGUCACAUUACUUAACAAUCCUGGCCAUUACUAUACAGGCAGCAGUUUAUAUCUCAGAAAUAGCACCCACGAAUAUUCGGGGAGGAUUUACAUCAGCUAGUUCGCUGAUGAUGUGUUGUGGGUUUUCAAUGAUUUUUUUCGUUGGAACAGUUGUUUCCUGGCGCACCUUGGCUAUUAUUGGAGCUGUUCCAUGUGUAUUACAGGCCAUAGGUUUAUUCUUUGUUCCAGAGUCUCCAAGAUGGUUGGCUAAGGUUGGUCGAGAGAAUGGAAAGAGCUAGAAGCUUCUUUGUGGAGGCUAAGGGGAGAGAGAGCUGAUAUUACUCAAGAAGCAGCAGACAUCAUAGAGUAUACAAAAACCUUUCUGCAGUUCCCAAAAGCUACAAUUCUAGACUUGUUCCAGAGGAGAUACGCUCAUUCACUCA